CACACACACACACACACACACACACACACACACACACACACACAUCUGGCUGGAAGCAUCUGCUCCCCAUCACUGGAAUCAUUCUGUUCUACACAGAGAAUGAUAAUGAGGACCGUCAUUAUGAUGACAUGCUGCUUGUUAGCUCUGUCUCUCUCCGUUCUCGGUGCUGCUGCUCCUUUGUAUGUGCGGCUCCUGCCACAGGACUGUCAAGAACUCUACAGGAGUGGUGUUAAUCGUAGUGGAGUGUACACCAUCUACCCUUCCGACACCACCCCUGUAGAGGUGUACUGUGAGGUGGGCUGCUCUGAGGAUUCAGCCCGUGGAUGGACAGUGAUUCAGAGGAGAAUAGAUGGCAGUGUGAAUUUCUACAGGCAUUGGCAGGAGUACAGGAAUGGCUUUGGGAAUAAGAGUGGAGAAUACUGGCUGGGUUUGGAGAACCUCUACAUGAUGACCCACAACAAGCUGUAUGAGCUAAAAGUGGACAUGGAGGACUAUGAUGGAUCGAAAGCAUCUGCAGUUUACACAGUGUUCUCUGUGGGCUCUGAAAGUAAUGGAGGCUAUAUGCUCCAAGUUGGCGGUUUCAUCGACAAAGGAGCAGGUGAUUCUCUAUCUUAUCACAGUGGAGUAGGAUUCUCCACUUACGAUAAGGAACAGAAUUCUUAUGGCUGUGCUAAACAAUACCUCGGGGGGUUUUGGUACAAUGCUUGCCACAUUACAAACCCCAAUGGUAUAUAUCUGGGGAGACGGGACGGCACGUAUUUUGCCAUUGGUAACGUGUGGGCCACUUGGAGAGGCUAUGAUUAUGGCCUGAAAUCCAUCACUAUGAAAAUCAGGCCUGCCUCUUAAACAUGCAGUGGAAAAGCCAGAAUAUUUCCACCCUGGGAAUAAAACAACACCGUCAGCUGUUAUUGUCUAGUUUACCAGAGUGAUUCUGUUCAUUGGGAGAAUUAUGUAAUUCUCUCCUUUAUAUAGGUAUACCAUGUAUCACUUUAAUCAAGUGAUAUAAAAAAAUAAAUACUAAAUCACUAUG